GCACUUUGUCCUUUCCACAUGCGGGGCUCGCCGCGGACGAGUGUGUCAUGCAGGUUGAUGCCGAAAAGCGGGCAACAGCGCUUACCGCAGAGUUGCUGCCUCCGUCCAUCUCUGUAGUUGCGUAUGUGCUUACCUUCAGCCGUCACAAUUUCCAGCUGAGGAUAGUCAAAGAUGCCUGCAGCGAGGUCAUCCGCGAGGAGCUUGUGGCAGGCAUGAAGUCCAUCCGGCAAAUCGUGCGCGAGGAGUUGGACAGGACAAGCCAGCCUAGUGAGGAUGGCGAGGCGGACUCUAGUGACACCGACUCAGAAGGCCCAGCAGGAGAGGAUUGGAAGCUGAUCAUUUGUGUGCGGCAUGACCUCAACAUGUCCGUGGGCAAGGUUGCCGCACAAGUCGGCCACGCUGUGCAUCAUGCGGUGACACACUCAAGGUGGCGAGAUCUCAAAGAGUGGGAAGGGUCAGGGUCCAAAAAGAUCACGCUGAAAGUUGACAGUGAGGAGCAGCUUUGCAAGCUGGAGGAGGAUGCGAAGUCGGAAGGCUUGCUGGCCGAGAGCAUCCAGGACGCAGGCCACACUGAGGUGGCGCCUGGCACAACCACAGUCCUGGCCAUUGGACCUGCUAAAGAGAGGCAGUUGGAACCCAUCACUGGGCACCUCAAAGCACUGCCGGAUCGAGCUCAACAGCUGGAACGGCACAACAAGAAGCUCCUGGAACGUGCGGAGCGACUGCAGAAAGAAUUGGACAACGAGAAGAGGAAACACAAAACAACGGUGAAGCAGCUGUGGGCUCACCGCCAAGUUCUCUGAAGAAUGAUGGAUGCAUGUUGGUUAGAAAUUGCGAAAUGGAUUGAAC